GCGCUUCCGGUGUCCGAUAGGUCCAUUUUCACGCUAAAACUUCCUAGAAGGCUUUUAGUAGUCUGGGGGGGGGGGGCGGUCCUAAAGCGACCGGAGUCAUAAUCAAUGGAAUGGAACCUUUUCUCGUUUUUUACAUUCCCCCCCCCAAAAAAAAUCAUUAACUAAUUAACGGCUGGCAGCUUUUACAAAUUGGCCUUUUAUUUUAAAACCCGUGCAGCCAUUUUGUUCCCGCUUUGCAAAUUUUACCGGAAGUUAUGGCUCUAGUCUUUCUCCCCCUGGAACGCCACCGCCAACUACAGUGCACUGUGAGUGGAGAUGUGAAAGCCUGACAAACGUGGGAGGAAAUGUGCCUCCCACCCAGCACUGUUGCUUGUUCCGUUGUGUGACUGUAUAAAACAGUUUCUGCCCAAACAUCAUCCACAAUGCACCAGGUCUACGUUCAGAUUUGAUGGAGCAUCAUGGCACUGCUGCGGUUCUUAUGCCACAAUAUGCAGCACCAUUGCUUAUUAGCUCUGAGGAGCCCACGAUCAUGCGUGCACAUAGCACGACCAUACUGUUCACCAGCCUCCAAGAGGCCUGAGGCUAACAUUCCAGUGGAAGUAGCUACAAGUCUUCUCCAUCGCUUAACGGAAGCUGCGAAGGUGCUGGGAAGGAACUCCCUUCGGAGAAUCUCUGCAGCCGCCCAAAAUUGGUGGGACCAAUAUGAGGAGUUUGUUGGAAUCAAUGAAGUUCGAGAGGCUCAGGGAAACGUAACAGAGGCUGAGAAAAGGUUUAUGGUAGCUCGAGGGAUUGUACGAGAAGCCCGUGAAACUUGGGAAUCCCAGCAGCUCAAACUGAAGGACAUUCGGGAUCGUUUAGACAGAGUCUCACGGGAUGACAGUCAGUACCUGGAGCUGGCAACCCUGGAGCACAGGUUACUGCAGGAAGAGAAGAGGUACCGAGCCUCCUACCUAACUGCUGAGGAAUCUGAGCGAGAAAUGUUCUCUCUCUUCUCUGCUGCUGUGAGGGAAAGCCACGAGAAAGAGCGAACAAGAGCAGAGAAAACAAAGAACUGGUCCAUUAUCGGCUCAGUGCUGGGAGCCAUUAUCGGUGUCCUUGGCUCCACCUACGUCAACCGUGUUAGACUGCAGGAGUUAAAAACCUUGGUUCUCGAAGCGCAAAAGGGACCAAUAAGCCUUCAGGAAGCCAUCCGAGAACAGGCCUCAAGCCAUGACUCCCAACAGAGGGAUCUAAGUGAUCUCGUUGCCAGCCUGAAGAGCAUCCUGGACGUUGCGAUUAUGACAUCACAGGAAGUAAAGGAAGGGGCCUCCUCUGCUGAAGGCAACCUGAGCUCCUCUCUGAAAAUGGACCCUCUCUUAGUUUCCCUUAAAGAACAGCUGAUCUACUCCAAACAAAUGAAUUCAUUGCUCGGAAGUUUGCAACAGCAGCUUAGCAACCUGCAAAAUAGUUUCAGGGAAAUGGCUUCCGAGGUACAGAACAUAAAGAGUGCAGCUUAUCCAACUCCUGGGGAAAGAGCAUUACUUGGCCCUUCUGUGGAAGGGAACAGUCAGUCCUGGGAGGUACAGGAUGUGGUUCUAGAGCUGUGUGACACAGAGAGGAGACUGGAAGCCCAAAUGAAGAGAAACUCAAUCUACAGCACAGCCUUCACAUGCACUGUCUUUGCCUUUGCACUUCCUGCCCUGUACAUACUGCUCAAGGGUAAUUGAGCCUAAAAAUCAUGUGUUGGAGUAAUAAAAUGACAUUCCCUGA